AUCAGCAUUGAAUGCUUUGAGAAGUCCCGACGUGGCAAGCCGCUGCUUCCUCUUCAGGGUCUUAAACCGUUUGGGAGCAAUCGACAGCAACACAUGUAUCUUGCUCGUGAUGCUCUCUUCAAGACUGCUUCAACACACAAAAUAGCCAGGUCUCAGAGGCAUAGCGCGGCAUCGUCAGUCAUUCCCGCCAAUCCGCAAAAUAAUCAACCUGACAAAACGACGACAGAGGGAGGGUCAGGCCAACAGUCGAGGGCUGUGGGUAUUGCAUACAUAGAAAGUGGAUCUCGAACCCAGCGCCACCAAUUUUCACACAAACAGAGCCUAAUUGUGGCGGAAUUAGUGCUUCGUGAGCUGGAAAUGGGCCAACAGGGAGUAAUUCAGCUAUUCAAGAGGAAUCCGCCGUCGUCUUCUGGUGGAACCGAGCUUCGAAUCGCUUCACGCAACACUUUUACUCGAAAUGGAAGUUUGGUCUUCCUUGAAAAUUCACAUUUGCUCUGUGACCCAAAAGUCGCUCGUGGUAGCGUAGCCGAGUGGUUAGUGUUUCAUUCUCGCAUCCUGCACUGUCGCGGUUCGAUUCCCGCUGAGGGUUUUGAUAAGACCGAUGCAAGGUCGAAACUGCGGUCCACUUCUGUCUGGAUGAGAACAACUUUUGGGUAA